GGGGGGGAGGACGCGGUGUUUUCUGAAUGAGGCAACUUCCGAUCGUAGCUGUUAUCCAGGAGAGCGAAGCCUGCUGGGUCCGGGAUCAGCCUCCCGGCGUGGCUUAGUUUUGUUGCUCCAUGCCGCCGGCGAGCAGCCACGGUCCCGAGUCGACCGGCUGAGAAAGAAGAGCGACUCGCUCAGGGACAGCGUCCAAAGUCUGCCCCCUUUUCUUGCUGGGGGAGAUCUGGUUGAUAUCUGGGUGAAGCCUUCUCUCAAGGGGCCAGAUCCAGACGUCGCCUGCCUUCGCCAUGGGCAGUCACGAAGCCGACGGCGUGCCCUCCGGCGAGUUCCCAGACAAUGACAGACCACAGGUUGCUGCUGAAAACCCUGGGAGGCUCAGCAAAGAACAGAUAAACAUUUUGAUAGCAACAGCUUCUAUCAAUUUCAGUUCCAUGAUCUGCUAUUCAAUUCUGGGACCUUUCUUUCCGAAAGAGGCAGAAAAGAAAGGCGCUAGUAGUACAAUAGUUGGAUUCAUUUUUGGAUGCUUUGCCUUGUUCAACUUCUUGACAUCUUUGAUCAUGGGAAAGUAUCUUGUCCAGAUUGGAGCAAAGUUUAUGUUUGUUUCUGGAAUGUUUGUCUCAGGAUGUGCUACAAUUCUUUUUGGGAUGUUGGACAGAGCACCUGAUGGGCCCAUAUUCAUAGGGCUGUGUUUUUUGACCCGAGCAGUGGAUGCAAUUGGCUUUUCUGCAGCAAUAACAGCUUCAUUUUCUAUUCUUGCAAAGGCUUUCCCCAACAACAUAGCUACAGUUUUGGGCAGCCUUGAAAUAUUUACUGGACUGGGACUAGUACUGGGCCCACCUAUUGGUGGCUUUCUGUACCAGUCUUUUGGCUAUGAAGUCCCUUUCCUUGUACUUGGAUGUGCAGUGUUGAUCCUGGUGCCUCUAAACAUGUACCUCUUACCAAAAUAUGACUCAACUCCUGGCAAAGAUUCCUUUUUGAAACUGAUUGCCCUGCCCAAAGUUGUAUUCCUCUGUCUUUCCGUUAUUUCAUUAAGUGGAUGCUUAGGCUUUCUUGAUCCUACAUUGUCACUAUUUGUUUUGGAAAAGUUCAAAUUGCCCACUGGCUAUGUAGGGCUAGUGUUCUUGGGGUUAGCACUUUCCUACUCCCUGUCUUCACCGUUACUUGGAUUUUUAUCGGAUAAAGUACCACGUGUAAGGAAGUGGCUGUUGGUCUUUGGAGGCUUACUGACUUCAUUGUGUUAUUUUUUUCUUGGACCAGCUCCCGUCUUGCACAUUGAAAGCAAACUUUGGCUCUUCGUCCUGAUGCUGGUCCUGAUUGGUUUCUCCCUUGCUAUGACCGGUAUCCCAUUAUUCCCGGAGAUAAUCAGUUAUGCAUAUGAGAAUGGAUUUGAAGAAGGAUUAAGUUUGCUAGGCCUGGUUUCUGGACUGUUCAAUGCAAUGUGGUCAACUGGGUCAUUUGUAGGUCCAACACUUGGUGGAUUUCUGAAUGACAAGUUGGGUUUUGAAUGGGCUGCAGCCAUACAAGGCGGAUUCCCACUGUUAAGUGGACUAGCUGUUGGAACAUGGUAUCUCUAUGAAGCCUCACACAGAAGAAGAUCAAUACCUGAAAACCUUCCAAGUACAGACCAAGAAAGAGCAUAUCUUUUAUCAAGUGAAACGUAGCCUGAAAGCUUUGCCUUAGAUGAAAUGUACUUUCAGGAGGUUAAAUUUAGGAGCAUAACGCACAAACAAGGUGCCACAGAUAACUUGGACAUCUUUGUCAUAACACCCUGUUAUGAAUUUUUGGAUUCCUGAGACCUGUGAUGUACCACUCCGUUGUUAGAGAAAGAAUGCCUUUUAAAGAAACAUGUCUGUGGUAAAACCAUUAGAGCUGUUUAUGUCUGAGUGUCAGAGGGCUGGUGGACACAAGAAAUAUUUUGCACAACAUGAAGCAACAUAUUGCACAAAGUGGUAUGUUCUGUAAUAUUCUACUUUUGUACCUUAAUGUCACUGAUUGUCAGCAUGAUUUAAACCUUUGGAUUAGAUUUCUUUAGAAGUGCAUUUUGUUAAUAUUUUUCAAAGAAUAUUAUGCUGAAGUAUUUAAGGAAUAUUAUGACCUAAAACUAAUUUAAAGUCACAAGUAAUAAAUACUAUCGUUCAUUAAAAAAA